GAGCCGUACAACUCGAUGAAGUUUGACGCUGGUCAGAGUAUCAGGGGGGCCACGAUUCGACAUCUCGAGAACGAUCGUAGGAAACACGUGUGCCCCAAGUGCGGCAACGGUUACACCGUGGUCAAAAGUUUCAGGCGACAUCUGCGCUACGAGUGCGGCUUGACGCCGAGAUUCAAAUGCCCAUACUGCGGCACUCGCAGCAAGCAGGCCCACAAUAUCAAAUUGGAGGCCAGUUUGGAGUGCCAAUACCCGAUGGUGAUAAUGGAGUCCAAGGGCUCCGACGACGACGAGAAGCCGCUCGCCUCGAGGAGUCGUCGGAACGGACUCAAAUGCGUCGAGAGGCACAUGUGCUCGCGCUGCUCUAAAAGCUACAUACACGCGUGGCACCUGAAGAGGCACACGAAGUUCGAGUGCGGCCAGAAACCGAAGGUCCAGUGUCCUUACUGCACCGUCAGAAUGAAGCAACGCGGUCACAUGUACAGGCACAUCCGCCAGUGCCACCGGGGAAAUAAUGUUUACGUGAUCGGUUUGAACUGAGAGCGCGCGUACGACGAGAGGCCGACUCAAAUAAAAAACCGUGACAUACACCGUGUGGUUCCUAGGCAUACCUUCCCGAGAAAAACAGAUUACAUAUACAAGGGCCAUUUGAAAAGUUUCCGGCCUCAUCGACAUAAAGUAACUGUAGAAAAAAAUUGCUUUCGCCGUCCGAUAGAUGACCUUGACAUAUGUAAACCGUAAAAAGUUGAAGUCAUUCUGAUCAUUACUUUGUCUAUGGCAACUCUUCCAAAGUUGUCAGCUAACAUUGUCUGUGAAUGGAGAAACUUGAGUAUCGCGCAGUGAUAAAAUUCCUUCAUUUGAAAGGGAAAAAGACUCAGGAAAUAAAAGAUGAGUAGACUCUGUAUACGGUGAAGCCUCCUCUUCAUUUAUAACGGUCAAAUAUUGGGUGGCCGAGUACAAACGUGAUCGUACGAGCAUUUUAGACGAGGAACAUUCCGGGCGCCCGAAAAGCGCUACAACUGACGAAAUGGUUGAUUUAGUGCAUCAAACUGUGAUUGCAGAUCGUCGAUUGACGGUUAAGGAUAUUGCUGAGGCUUGUGAGAUAUCAUCUGAACAGGUGCACAAGAUUUUACAUCAAGAAUUGGAUAUGAGAAAAUUAUCCGCGCGCUGGGUGCCGCGCUUGUUGACGAUCGACCAAAAGCGCAUACGGAUGGACAUGUCGCGCGAGUGUCUUAGCCUGU